AUGUCGGACGACGAAGAGCGGUACACCUCGGAGGUGGGGUCUGACGACGAAAUCGAGGUCCAGCGCCCCAAGAAGCGUGCGCGCAUUGCUGACCCGGACGAGGAGAGCGAGGAUGAAAUGGAGCCUGUCCCCAUGCACCAGCACCAAGGAGGAGGAGACGAUGAGGGUGGCGAUGAUGACGAUGAUGACGAGGAGGACGAGGAUGACGAGGACGAUGAAGAGGACGAGGAUGACGAGGAGGCGGCCCCACGCAAGAAGCAUCGCACACACCGCAAGCCAGCCAACCGCUUCCUCGAUGUCGAGGCCGUUGUCGACGACGACGAAGAGGAGGAAGACGAGGAUGACGACUACGGAGAUGUCCGCGAGUUCAUCGAGGAGUCUGAGAUCGGAGCCACCGACGACAUCCACCACCGCACGCUGAACCGCAACCUCCACCGCCAGGAGGACGAUAAUGUUGAAGAGAUGGUUGCCGCGCUCAAGGAACGCCACCGCCGCCAGGCUCGGUACAACGCAGACAGCGACCAGGUGCCGCAGCGCCUCCUUAUGCCUGGCGUCAACGACCCAAGCCUCUGGCAGAUCCGCGUCAAGCCCGGACGCGAGCGCAACAUCACGGUAUCCAUCUUCCGCAAGGUGUUCGAGGCCAAGCAGAAGGGCGGCGACAUUGACGUGUCCUCGGCGUUCUACCGUGACUCCCUCCCCGGUCUCAUGUUUCUCGAGGCGCGCACCUCGUCGGCUGUGCACGACGCCGUCAACGGCAUCGUGGGCGUGUACCUUUCGCGUGGUAUCCAGCUUAUCCCAAUCGAGGAGAUGGCGCCGCUUCUUCGAAUCAAGAAGAAGGAGAUCAACCUCCAGCCCGGCAUGUGGGUCCGCCUGAAGCGCAGCAAGUACACUGGCGAUCUCGCCCAGGUUAUUGAUGUCGACCAGAUCACGAGUGGCGUCGUCGGCGUCAAGUUUAUUCCCCGUAUCGACCUUACGCCUAGGGAAGGCCGCGACCGCAACGCCAAGGGCCUCGGUGGCACGCUGCGUCCACCUCAGCGCCUCUUCAACUACGACGACGUGAAGCGCGUUUACGGCCGUGGUAACGUCCGAUCGAGUGGUGGCUCUUAUGGUUUCGAUGGAGAGGAGUACAUUGACGGCUUCUGCGUCAAAGACAUCAAGAUCGACUUCCUCGCCACGGAGGGAGUGCAACCAACGCUCGAGGAGGUGUCCAAGUUUGCAGGGGACGAUUCGGGCACGGGUAAGCUCGACCUCUCCACCAUUGCCGACGCAAAUCGCAACGUCUCUGCGGGUGUCCUCUCCCCUGGCGACCAGGUUGAGGUGUACGAGGGCGAACUGGCUGGAAUGUACGGUACUGUCGAGACCAUUUCCGGCGACACCAUUUCGAUCCGUGCUAUCGGUGGUGCCAUCCACGACCAGGUCGUCGAGGUGCCCGCGUCCAGUGUGCGCAAAAAGUUCGACGUUGGUGAGCAUGUCAGGAUCAUGGCUGGCAAGAACGCGGACGUCGCGGGUAUGAUUGUCGACGUGAAGGGUGACGUCGUUACCAUCCUUUCCAACCAGAACCGCGAGGAGAUCCGCGCGUUCUCGAAGGACGUGCGCAAAGCGGCGGAUGUUAGUUCGACGGCGACUGCGACGCUCAGCCGCUUUGAGGUACACGACCUUGUUAUGCUGGACUCAACAACUGCAGCCGUUGUGACCAAGAUUGAGGGCAAGAACCUCCGUAUUGUCGACCAGAACGGCCUCGGCCGCCUCGUGGGCACCAACGAGGUGACGUUGCGUCGCGACAACGCCCGCUUUGCCGUCGCGACAGACUCGACUGGCAACGAAAUGAAGGUCGGCGACGCAAUGAAGGAGGUCGACGGUGAGAACCGCCGCGGUGAGGUCAUCAACAUCUCGCGCUCCCUCUUCGUCUUCCUCCACAACCGCGAGUACGCAGAGAACAACGGUGUCUUUGUCGCGCGUUCGACAGCGCUCGUUUCCGUGACGCCCAAGUCGGUCUCGGCCGACUUGACGAAGAUGAACCCUGCGCUCAAUGCUCAGCUUCCUCUUGGCGGUGCGAGUCUCAUGCCUCCACCGCCCAGCGUUGGUAACCGCAAGAUCAUCAACACGCCAGUCGUCGUCACACGUGGGUCCUCUAAAGGUCUGCUGGGCACGAUCAAGGACGUGGUCGGGGCGGACAAGGCGCGUGUCGAGUUGCAGACAAGCAACAAGAUCAUCACAGUGUCGACAGCGUGGCUCAAGCGGAAGGACCCGAGGUCGGGAGUCACCUACCCGCUAGAGUCUGGUGGUGGCGGUGGCGGCGGCGGCGGCUACGGCGGCGGUGGUGGUGGUGGUGGUGGUUACGAUGUUGGACCGUACGGCGCAAUGAACGGCGGUCGCACUCCCGCACCAGGCGGGCAGUUUGGGCGGACGCCGAAUCCCUACGCAAUGGGCAUGGGCAAGACCCCCAACCCGUAUGCUGCGGGUGGUAAGACUCCUGGCGGUGCGUGGGGCGCUGGUGGCAAGACGCCGGCGCCUGGGUUCGGCGGCGCGGGCGGGAAGACUCCUAGUUGGGCUGGUAGCGGCGGCAAAACCCCUGGCUGGUCCGGCGCAGGUGCUGGUGGCCGCACACCUGCUCCUGGGUACGGCGCUGCUGGCGGUCGCACUCCUGCGCCUGGGUACGGCGCUGCUGGCGGUCGCACACCUGCGCCUGGGUAUGGCGGAGGUGGGAAGACGCCCAACCCAUACAGUUCGGCACCCACACCUGGUGUCUACCACGACGCAGGCCCGGCCAAGCCCGUGUCUGCUCCUACUCCCUGGUCUGGACCCUCUUCGUACUCAGCACCCACCCCAGGCGCCGCUCUCUCCGCUCCCACACCUGCCCCUGCGUUCAGCGCGCCCACGCCGUACUCUGCCCCAACGCCCGGUGCCGGGUUAUCGGCUCCCACACCUGGCGCGGCGCUCUCAGCCCCGACUCCAGGAUACGGCCUGUCUGCACCAACACCAGGCGGCAUGGGCGGCCCGACACCCUUCGGUGCGCCCACUCCUUACGUGAGCGGCGGCGGUGCGAUGCCCGAAAUGGACCAAGGCAGGGGUUGGGACUGGGCCCUCGACUUCCGCAACGUCCUGGUACGUGUCGGUCCUUCCCAGCACGCCGACACACGCAACCCUCGUCACUUCCAGCGUGGCGCGUACGACGACGCGAUUCUGGGCAUCGACGACGCUGUGGGCAACAACUUGCGCUGCUACGUUGUGAGUGGCGCCGAGGAGAGCGAGCCGGUCGAGAUUGCUCCCGAGUACCUGAUCCCCGUCCGGCCGGACGGGUCGGGGCAGACUGUCAUUGCGAUUGCGGGUGACCACCGCGGGACCCAGCGACGCACGCAGUACAAGAACGACGAUGUCUGGCUUCUCGACCAGGAUGCGAGUGACGUCGUGCCGCUCCUCAUUGAGGAGGUGGACUUGGCGCGUAUCUGGCGGGAAUACGAGUAG